UUCACCGGGUCACUUUUUAAAAAGCGAAAGCAGGCGGUUUUCCGAGAGAAAGCAUGAUCCGGAAUUAGGAGGAAGACUUUCAAUUUUAUUUAGUCACUCCUUCUUCAAGUAGCAGUGGAUUAAGUCUGAAAAACUGUACUUGCUUUUAGUUGCUGUAGAAAGAACUGUUCAGCAAUGGGUCUUCUGAAAGUUUCCGUGGGAUUGUUCUGUUUAGCCUGCUUGAUUUGCUUGACGAAUGGAUCAGCAAUUAAGACAACGAAUCAGAAAAUAGACGAUACGCUCCAAAGUGCAAGUAAAACUUUCGGAGUCAAGACAAUAACGAGACAAACAACACACUCUAAUAAUGGCGUUGUGACAAGGGUAUUCAAACAAACUCAAAUCACAACUGGAAACACAGAUGCAUUCCCUGAAAGUGCAGGAAACCAAGCACAGUUUUCAGACACAGAAAAUACUCAAGGUGACAAUCAGCAUCAUAAUUUUCAACAUUUCCCAGACACAGUUGCUGUUGAUCACUCAUCCGGACAAAAUGACUUUGUUCAUGGAUUGUUACCCCUCGAUGAGGCUAAACCAGUACAAUUUGGUACUAGACUGGGAAGCAAUACUAAGAAAUCUGAUUGCAGUAUCAAAGGAGGCUGUUUAACUCAAGUUACUACAUCUGGAGGAAAUAAAUUUGAUAAAAAAAAUACUGAAACUCACCAAGAGCAAUUGCCACAGGAGAUAGACCAUCAAGAACAAGAACAAAGCACAAAAUCGAAUUUUGAACCAGAGGACGUUGCAAUUACCAAAACUCAAGAACAAGUUGUUGAUCAAGGAGAACAGCAGCUGCCUGAAAAGGCUUUUGGUACUGAUUUUGAUGGUCAGUAUGAAGAAACUUUGAGGAAUCUUGGACAAGGAGACCAGUUCAUAGAAGACAAAAAAUUUCCAGGCAUUGAUACUCAAUUUCCAGAACAAGGCGACAGUGAAACGAAUUUUGACGUAGGAAACCUUGUACCUUUCGUGAAAGAAGAAGAUUUCAUUGAAAAGCAACAAGAAAAUAAAGAACAAUCAGAAACUCCUUUGGACUUCGGUUACGUUGAACAACAAAAUCAAGGAGAUUCUCAAGAUGUAUCAGGUGUAUACAUAACUUCAGCAGUAAAUCAAGGAAAUGUUAACUUUCAGGAACAGAGUCAAGCAAUAGAAGAUCAAGCAAGAAAUUUCGAAUCAAAUCAAGGAAAUUUCCAACAGCAAAGUGGAAGCACUGUGAUCGAUCACAACAAUAAUUUCGCAUUUCAGCAAGAUACAGGAUUUCAAGAGCCAUUUGUUCCACAUUCACAAGUAUCAAAUGAAUUCCAACAACAAUUCGUUCCACAAUCUCAAGUAUCGAACGAAAACAGCUACAGUUUUCAAGACAACAGUCAGGACUUUUUUCUCACCGACCCAAUCGAGGCACUUAGGUACAAUGUUCCAGGUAAUCCCGGGGAAGAUUAUCCAAUAUUUUAUAAGGUUCCUGAAACAUCUUUCCAAUGUAGCCAACAACCAUUCGCAGCAGGAAUAUAUGGGGAUAUGGACGCCCAAUGCCAGGUAUUUCAUUUUUGUACAGAAAGUGGCGGCCAAAAUUCCUUCCUUUGCCCCAAUGGCACAGUAUUCAAUCAGCAAUACUUUGUAUGCGAUUGGUGGUAUAAUUACAACUGCUCUGAUACGCCAAGUUUUUACAAUCUCAACGCUCAACUCUACUGGGACUUUGACAAUUUCGAACCUACUCAGAUCAUAACCGGAACAGGAGUAGGAUCUUCGGAAGAACAACAUUUCAGCAAUACGGGAGAAUUUCAAGGUCAAACCAAUUCACAUCAGUUCUCUGGUUCCAUUCCAGAACAAGUGCAAUUUCAGACGCGUGUUACACACUCAGGUCAGAGUCAAGUUGAUACUACGUCUACGAAUCAGCAAAUACAUUCUUCAGUACAUGGUUCAGUUCAUGGUGUUGAUUCUUAUGGAAUAAAGCGACAAGAUACAAACAAUAUCCAAAGUAAUGUAAGAACUAGCCUUACUCAACAAAGCAACUUAGCUCAAAAUACAAAUUUGGAUCAGCAAAUCAUUGACACUUCCGAACACAAUUUCAAUACUCAGCUGGGCCAAACACAAAUUAGUGAUUCUCAUCUUAAUAAUAAACCAGCCGCAUCUGCUUCUGUUUCUGAAACGCAUUCUGGAACUUCCAGUCAGCAAGAAGUAUCAUCAAUACUACAGAACCAUAAUGUCAACAAAGAAGAAGGAAAUAGUUUUGAUCAUUCUCAGGCAACCAAAACUCAGCAGAAUGUGAAUUCAGAAGAUUUCACUGUGCAAGAAAAAAAAUCACAACUUGAUGUUUCGGUACCAUCCAUAUCUUCUGACACUAGAAGAGGAUGGAAACCUGAUUCAGAUAGUGGAACCCGGUAUCCCGAUCAGAGUGGAUUCGAACAACAACAUGUAGAUGAUCAACAUCAAUUUCAAACAAAUGAUCAAAGUGUAAGUAAUGUUGCUUCUCAACAGACAAAUUCAGCAGAAGUCUCUUCAGCACAUGAGAUCAACCAUCAUAAUCAAGUUACUCAAGAUUUUGUUCCAACAGAAAGUUCAGAUGGAUUUAACGGAGAAAAUAGAAAUAUUGUAACGCAGUCAGAGAUUCAACAACAGCAUGUCCAGUUUCCAUUAGAAGUGAGUGCCCGUUCGGAUCAAGAUAGCAACAUAGAUUCGCAUGAGCAAUCUGAAAUAUCACAGAAAGGAGCUUUCACUACACAAAGUCCAAAAGACAUUGGGAAGCAGCAAAAUAAUAUUGAUGCAGUGCAAGAUAUUUCCUUCAAGAGACAGGCUGUAUUUACAUCAUUUAAUCAAGAAAAUGCGAAUCAAGACCAGUCAUCAUUUCAUGACUCUGGAUCUGUUACAGAUCAGCCAAAUUUAUUAGACGUUUUGCUGCCGGAAACUUUUGAGGAAGUAGAUCAAGACAGUCAAUCAGCAAGGGAUGGAGAUGUAGAGCAAGUAAGUCAAGAGGAACAAAUCGAUGGGCCAGUAAGAGCAGCAGAUGCUUUUGAUGGUCAGCAAAUGAUAGAUGCUAUUCAAGAUGCUGUUAAUUAUGAUGAUAUUAUAAAUGGAUUUCAUAGUAGAAACGUUGCUUUCAUGAAUAUUGCAACAACCCCUGAGCCUUUCGAUAGCAACCAGCGAGUCUAUGAGAAUAGACCAGCACAAGUUCAUGCCAUUUCUUUCCAGCGAAAUUCUAACCAAAAUGUGAAUAUUAACACUGAAUUACAAACUCCAAGUCCAAAUUUCCAACAAGAAAAUAUUAACGUAGGUGACGUUUAUACCAUAAUGAGAGGAUCUGCUCAUAAAUUUCAAGAGCAAAAUGGUCAACAAAGAUUAAGUUUUAGACCUUAUGGAAUUAAUUUCAAUACACAGGAGAAGAAAGAAAUUCAAAACUUAGUAAAUCAUAAUGAAGGCAAUCAACAAAAUGUUAACCAAGGAGUUCGUGAACAAGUAAUAUUUCCAGUAGAUCAAAAGCAAGAAAAUGGACAAAAUGAAUGGUGGCGUAAGACACAAGAUGCUGAAAACAACCAGUCCGUAAAACUCUCAAAGCAAGACGGUGGAAGAACAGAAACCAAAAAUCAGAAUAUCAAUACUCAUAUUUCUCAGUCUCAUUUGAAUGCCGACGUAUCAUCAAACGAAAAUUUAAAUGUACCGACUGAUGAUCAACUUGGGCAAUCACAUAAUUCUCUUAAUGCUAAUCAGCAACAUAAUGAUGGUCUUAAACAGCAGAUUGUAAAUCAAAACAAUCAAGAUUCAUUUCAAUCAAAUGAGCAACAAAGACCUUAUCAAAAUAUUAAAACUGGGCAGAGAAAUCACUUUCAAACUGAACACUCACGUUUCCAAAAUGAUAUAAAUCAACCGCAAUUUCAAAAUCAAAAUGCACAACCAGAUAUAGAUAAUUUUAGAAAUCAGCAAAUUAUUCAGAGCCAACACCAAUUUCAAGCAGUAAAUGAUCAGUCACAUUUCAAUGGAAAUAACCAACCUGAAUCUCAAAAUUUAAAUAAUCAGCAGAACUUUCAAGAUAUUAAAAGUCAAGUUCAGCUACAAGACCACAGCAAUCGUCAGGGUUUUGGAAACGACAACAGUCAACAGUACUCAGGGGAUCAACGCCAAUUUCAAAAUGUAAAUAACCAACAAGAGUUUCAAGACGUAAACAGCCAGCAGCAAUUCCAAGAACAGAUCCAGUUUCACAAUAAUAAUAACCAGCAACAAUUCCAGGAAGAGCCUCAAUUUCAGAAUGUAAAUAAUCCAGAACAAUUUCAAAAUGUCAAUAUUCAACAACAAUUUCAAGAACAGCACGAGUUUCAAAAUGUAAACAAUCAGCAACCGUUACAAGAGCAGCAUCAACAACAACAUUUUGCUAAUGAAAAUUCCCAUUUUGAAGAUCCCAACAUCAACAAUCAACCAAGAUUUCCUGAUACAAAUAUUGAAAAUGCACCUGGCCAACACUUUGAGCAAAAUGCUGGUGUCAGAGACUUUUCUUCACAAGAGCAUUCUCAAGCGCAAGACUCCGCCGAAUUCAAUUCAAGACGCCCAGCAGGAGGUAACACUCCUCAAAGCCAAGGUAUAAAAGGAUACCAUUCUCAACAGCAUUUCAGAGAAGCAAGAAAUGGAUACAACUUUCCAAAGCCAAAUCUUCAAGUGAUAAAUGCAAAUGAUGCCGUCAUCUACAGCCAAAACGAUCCACGCUCUUCCGAGUCAGCUAUUAGUUAUAACGGUUGGAAACCCAUUGUGAGGUAUUAAAUUCAACGGUGCCAAAAUAUUUUUCAGUAAAAUGAAAAGAAAACUUUGACGAUGGAACGAAAAGAGACACUUCACUUGCUCAAGGAUUUUCGUGAUAAUCAUCGUUCCUAGUUCCUGUGCCUCAAUAUUAUUUUUUUACUUGAUGUACUUAUUUGUUUAGUAUCAUAUUUGUUGAUGUUCAGGUAUUUCGCCAUUUAAUGUUUAGUACCAAUUAAGUGUUUCUUUCUUUCUUUUUUUUCACCCAGGUGCUGUUACUCUAACUAGUAUGUUAUAAAUGAAACAUAUUUUGAUAAUGCGUAAUUUCAAAUUAACUAAAUAUUUCUCUUUUUUAAAUCAGAUUAUUAAUUUCUACAUUUACCAGAUCAUUAUUUUCUACAUUUACCAACAUAUCAAAUUAUUAUAUUUAAUAGCUAUAAUUUUUUAUGUUUACGUCCUUUACAUGGAAUUUUACAAAAAUAGAUUGGUUCGUGCUUUACAAUUUUCUAGUAUUUAUAGACUAUGGACUAAAAAGUUUAAUUAAAAUUUCAUAAAUUAAAAAAUAUUAAAAUAUUAAUCUAUCUGUAUAUAUAUAUAUAUUAAUCUAAGGUUCACAGAAAUGCAGAAGGAAUUAUUUUAAGGCCUAGUAUAAAAAGGAAUUUCAGAGUGAGCAUUUAUUGCAGAGUGAAUUUAAUCUGAAACUUAACUAUCAGUACUUCUAUUUAAACAGAAAAAUUUUCAUUAUUCAAAAAACUUUUAAAGUUUGUAUUUUUUUUUCAAAGUUUGAUUUAUUUCGUUGAUUUCAACUGAGAAUCCAAAACUUUGCUUGAAAAAAAAUAGUUUUGAAAAUUUGUUACUUUUGACUUUUUUUAUUAUGUGGAUUCAUAUUUGUACAGACUAUAAGAAUAGUUCAUAUUUUAAAACUUCUUUAUAACUGAAAAGAAGCUUCUCAGAUGUAAAGGCAGAGGAAUGUGCUAUUCAUAUGUUAUAUGUGUAUGUUUAUUCCAUUUUUAUAUGUAUUUCUUUGUUACUUAUUACUAUUUUGUAACUGAAUGUGAAGUAAAAGAAUUUUCAAAAGGAA